AUGACCGGCACAAAAGGAGAAAAGGGAGAGCCUUCUGAAAAAGGGGACAAAGGAGAUCCAGGAGAAAUUGGACUGGAGGGAUCAAAAGGAGAUAAGGGUGAAACAGGAGACCCUGGACCACCUGGUCUUAUUGGAAAUCCAGGAUCAAAGGGCUUACCGGGAGAGCAUGGGGCACCAGGAAACCCAGGAGUUAAAGGAGACAAGGGGGACCCUGGUGGGAUUAUGGGCCCACCUGGAUAUCCAGGUCCAAAAGGUGAUGUGGGGCCUCCUGGACCAAGUCUGCCUGGAACACCAGGUCCCACUGGUAUUCCUGGUAACCCAGGUCCACGGGGCCCAAAGGGAGAACGAGGACUACCUGGUGUACAAGGAGCCCCUGGGGAGAUGGGGCCCCCUGGAAUAGGCAUUCAGGGAUCGCCGGGUCCUAUAGGUCCAACUGGAUCGACAGGUGUGCAGGGUGAUCCUGGCACAAGAGGUCCUCCAGGCAUCCCUGGUAGAGAAGGGCCAAAGGGUAGUGAUGGUUCUCCUGGCAAACCUGGACCACCUGGACCUCCGGGUAGUGCAAGUGUCCCUAGUUAUCCAGGUCCACCAGGACCUCCAGGUGACCGUGGACCAGCUGGCUCACCAGGAGUAGCGGGGACACCGGGAAAGCAGGGAUCUCCUGGGUCCCCAGGGAUGCCAGGGGAACCUGGUGAAAGAGGACCUAUAGGAGAUAUAGGCUUCCCCGGGCCAGAAGGGCCACAAGGAAAACCAGGUGCUGUGGGGAGACCAGGAGACAGAGGACCCAAAGGAGAACGUGGAGAUCAGGGUAUUCCAGGGGACAAAGGCCCACAAGGUGAACGAGGGAAACCUGGCCCAUCAGGAGAAAAGGGGGAUGUGGGUCCUAUGGGGCCACCAGGAGACAGAGGGUAUCCAGGAUCACCAGGUCAUCAGGGUCCUCCGGGUUCACCAGGACCCCCAGGGUUUCCAGCUGAUACAGUUUCAGUUGAAGAAAUAAAAAAAUAUAUCAAACAAGAGGUUCUUAAGGUUUUUGAAGAAAGGAUGGCUCAGUUUGUAUCCCAGCUGAAGCUGCCUGCUGCAAUGCUUGCCUCCCAAGCUCAUGGAAAACCAGGGCCCCCAGGAAAAGAUGGGUUACCAGGGCCACCAGGAAAGGACGGUUUGCCAGGGCCACCGGGAGAACGUGGAAUUCAAGGUUAUAGAGGACAGAAAGGGGAAAGAGGCGAGCCUGGAAUUGGACUGCCCGGUAACGCUGGACCACCCGGCCCUGCAGCUACUGGCCUGCCAGGACCACCGGGAACGCCAGGCUCACCUGGACCGCAGGGGCCACCCGGACCCAACGGAAGAUGCAAUCCGGCAGACUGUUAUUACCAUCUAUCACAGACUCGGUCACGCACCAGCGGGAAAUAAAAACCCUCUCCCGUAGACACUUGGGUUCACAGUCACUUUUCACUCCUCUCAAUAAGUUAAUUUAAUCUUGGGAAUACUUGGUGCAUUUCCCCCUGCCCCGACACUGCAUGGUAUAUAGAUAAUUUAUAAGGCACAGAAUUGAGCCUUUUUCUGUUCUUUGCAGUGUCAUAAUUAUGAAAGGAUGACAUUUAUUUUCCAGAGUGCAUUCCAUGCGUUAUGUUUCUCAUAUUUAUUUUACUUAGAGGAGAAAAUAGGCCCAAAUAAUUUUCAUAAGCUUCUUUCUUCAAACAAAAGAUAUUUUAUUAUGACUUAAGACUGUAUGCCGCGGUAUGUAAGCUGGCUUUAUUUUUCUUGCUGGUGGUGAAGUUUAAGUGGAGAAAAUGCAUUUCUG